AUGGCCGUAAGACAAUUCCAAUUCAACUUCUCGCGCGAUAGAUUGGUCUUUCUGUUUCGGACAUCUCAAUCUCAUUCCUUCUUUCGUAAUAAUAAAUCCCCUCAAUCUUUUAUCUCUUUUCCCUCUUCUUUCUUCCUCCGCCGCCUAGCUGUGUCCGCAGCAACUCCGUCGCCGCCUCAAGACCAUCGCCGCCGUCUGCGGCCUCCUCCUCCCGACGACAUGGCGCAGAAAUUCGGAAAAUCCACUCGCCGCCCCGGCGCUUCCUCCAAGGCUAGGGUUUAUGCCGAUAUCAACGUCGUUCGCCCUAAGGAAUAUUGGGACUACGAAACCCUCACCGUUCAGUGGGGGGAGCAGGAUGAUUAUGAGGUGGUGAGGAAGGUCGGUAGGGGGAAAUACAGUGAGGUGUUUGAAGGGGUUCACUGUACUGAUAAUGAAAAAUGUGUUAUCAAGAUCCUCAAACCUGUGAAGAAGAAGAAGAUCAAGAGAGAAAUCAAAAUAUUGCAGAAUCUUUGUGGAGGGCCCAAUAUUGUUAAGUUGCUUGACAUUGUUAGAGACCAGCAGUCGAAGACCCCAAGUCUCAUAUUUGAAUAUGUCAAUAACACUGAUUUUAAAGUACUUUAUCCUUUAUUGUCAGACUAUGACAUACGAUACUAUAUCUAUGAACUUCUAAAGGCCUUGGAUUACUGCCAUUCGCAAGGAAUCAUGCAUCGGGAUGUAAAGCCCCACAAUGUAAUGAUUGACCAUGCUCAGCGUAAGCUUCGCCUUAUUGAUUGGGGGCUUGCAGAAUUUUAUCAUCCUGGGAAAGAAUAUAAUGUUCGUGUGGCUUCAAGAUAUUUCAAAGGUCCGGAGCUUCUUGUUGAUCUUCAAGACUAUGAUUACUCUCUAGAUUUGUGGAGUCUUGGUUGUAUGUUUGCUGGGAUUAUAUUCCGGAAGGAGCCGUUCUUUUAUGGACACGAUAACUAUGAUCAACUGGUCAAGAUAGCUAGGGUACUUGGGACAGAUGAGUUAAAUGCAUAUUUGAAUAAGUAUCGCAUUGAGUUGGACCCACAUCUUGCAGCACUUAUUGGGAGGCACAGCCGAAAGCCAUGGCAAAGGUUUAUUAAUGUUGAAAAUCAACACUUGACUGUUCCUGAGGCUGUUGACUUUGUCGACAAGUUACUACGAUACGAUCACCAAGAACGGCCCACUGCAAAGGAAGCCAUGGCCCAUCCAUACUUCAAUCCAAUUAGAAGUGCAGAAAGUAGUAGAGCUCGCGCACACUGA